AGUAGAAUGGCGACGGCUGCCUGUAGUAUACAAUGUGCAAGCAGUAAUGCAACAAAAUCACACAAAGAACACAUAAGAAAAACUAAAGAUUCCCGACGGAGACAAGCCGCUCUUCUAUUUCUCAACAAUAUAUCUCUGGAUGGGCGGCCUUUGUGUCCUCUUAACAAUGGAAACAUCGCUCAAAGAGAAACCGCUUGCGAGACUCGGAGACGGGAUGUCGGCACAAUCUCGGUUGGACACCUCGCGUUCACAACGAGUAGCAAUGGAACAGCCCCCCAGGUGUCAAGCUCCGUGACUGUGGGCACUGUUACAAGCGUGCCGGGAAUUGGAGCUUUAAGCCCUGUUAAUUCAAUUUCUGUCACGUCCACGGGGACUGGAGCUAGUAGCGGAGGCAAUGAGGUGUUUGUGGAGAUCGCCGUCAGUGACUCCACCGUAUACCCUCUCUCACCCACCCCGCAGACCCUACAUUUAAGUGCCAAAUCUGUAUUUAGUCCAGUAGUUCAGACCAAUUCCAGGCCACUGGAUUCCCGUCAAAGAUCACAGAAUGUUUCUGGCUCCCCAGGACCAAAGGCUGCUAAGAAGGUCCACUUUAUCAAGAGCAUGAGGCAGUACGACACAAGAGGCAGCAGGAUUAUGCUGAUUUGUGCCAAGCGGUCUCUAUAUGCUGCUUUCUCAGUGCUGCCCUAUGGAGAGAGUUUUCACCUCAGUGAUCCAAAGGUGGAUGCACAGCGACAGAGACUAUCCUCUUUGGUGCCCCCUGACUUGCUUCCUACUCUGGAGGGACUGGAGUUGGCAGCGUACGGCAAGACAGUCUCUUAUGCCAAGUUCCUUUAUCCAACUAAUGCCCUGGUAAGGCAGAAGAACAGCACUACACCAGAUAACAACAUGGUCCUUACCCCCCAGUCCCAUUUCCGUAGUAACAACCAGCGGAAUUUCACUCCUGCACGUCUGAACAGCACCCCGGGACAGGACCCAAGUAUAGAGGAUCUGUCAGAGUACGAUCCCAACUUGCUCAGUGAUCCCCAAUGGCCUUGUGGCAGACACAAGAGGGUUCUUAUAUUCGCAUCAUAUGUGACGACUGUUAUCGAAUAUGUGAAGCCGUCUGACCUGAAGAAAGACAUGAAUGAGACAUUUAAGGAAAAGUUUCCCCAUAUCAAGUUGACCCUCAGCAAGAUAAGAAGUCUAAAGCGAGACAUGCGUGCCGUGAGUGAGGAGUGUGGUCUGCAGCCGGUCACCGUGGCGAUGGCUUUUGUGUACUUUGAGAAGCUGGUGCUGCAGGGUCGCCUGAACAAGCAGAACAGAAAGCUGGUGGCAGCAGCCUGCGUGCUGCUAGCAGCCAAAAUCAGCAGCGACCUGAAGAAGCAGGAGGUCCGCCAGCUGAUAGAUAAGCUGGAGGAGCGUUUCCGUAUCAACAGACGGGAGUUAAUUCCAUUGGAGUUCCCUGUCCUGGUUGCCUUGGAGAUGGGGCUUUACCUCCCUGAGAGCAAGGUCAUGCCGCACUACAGGAGACUAGUGCAGCAGGGCUAGUAUGGACACUGUGGACCAGUGUGAAACUAACAAUGAUGGAGACGGGACCUGAAUCAGCCUCUAGAGAGGCAGCCUCUGGGCUGGAUUCUGUAGACCAACACCUUAUGGUUCAUAUCUCAAUCAAUCCAACUGAGAUAGUGGCUGCGUAUUUAUUUUUGAAUCAUGAUAUAUUUUAUUGCAAGGCUCUCCUAAUUACAAAUGAAUUCGCUCUAAUAUAAAGACCAGUGCUAUUUUGUUGUUAGAUUUGAUUUGUAUGAAUGCAUCAGCAUGUUUUAGGGUAGUAGUCUGAUGUGAAUUCAAGUGCUCUGUACUAACAAUUAGAUUUGACAGAGCCUGUUUAUAGUGCCACUCCAAGGUAAAAUAUCAAUGUGACACAUUGUCUUUGUGCUGUGACGUAAGUAAUGUUAUUUACCAUUUAUUUAUCUGUUCUAAAUUAUUCAACUGCCCUGACUCUGGCCCAUGGGCAAUUUCUAAAGGUACGUAGAUGUGUACAUUGCACCUGAUAUGUUGAGAGCAAUGUAACUCACUGUGAAGAUGACACAUUUGACUGCCAAAGUCUGUUUAUGGAUUAGUGGUUGAUUACAUGUCUGUGUGUCUGAAGCUGGCCACCAGUACUAGUUCAACUGAAGAAGUGACCUUCACUUGUUCCUAUUUGUCUGAAGUAGCAUCUGUUUAGUAUGCAGGGAUUUUAAUAUUGAGUGAAUUCUAUUUAUGGUUUUAUUUGUAUUUCCAUGGGAAAUGGCCUUCUUACUUUUACUGUAGCAAUCUAACUGUUGAUCUCCUAAAUAACCACUGUGUGAAUGACUGCACCACUACAGUAGGUGUUUUAAUUGAGCUUUUAUGGUCAUGGAGUUUUACAUUAUUUAAAAUUAAGUUAGGUUCUCAGGAAAUCUGUCCAACAUCUUAAAUGUAUGUUUCCAUGGAUCUAGAUUUAUUGAAUCAGACCAACAGGUAGUAUUCAGAGAAGAUGAUAGUAUUUCUCAAGUCCCAGUGUAUUUAGAAAACAAAAUGUCUACUGUAACAGUAGGUGCACAGGUGCCUGUACGUAUCAAAUGUUGUUUCUCAUAAACAGUAUUUGUGUACAGAUAUCCACAAGACAUUCAUUAUUAAGUGCCUAAAACAAUUAGUGAAAUAGUUUGUCCCAUCAAGCUGUGAUUUAGAGCAGUUAAUGUUUUGUUGUUGGUGUCUUUUGAUGUGGUGUGUAUUGUUACCUUGUUAUGGCCUGUGAAUUUGAAUCAUGUCUGGUAAAAGUAAUCAUGAACUUGUAUUGUUCUUGUUGAAUGGUAAGCGUAAUCUUGUGCAAAUCAUUUGUAAGUAGGUAUCUGUACAGUAACUUUCUGCAAAGACUACAGUCUGCAGUGAUCUUUUUCAAAUGUUUUUUCUUUUUUUUACACAGACCUUAUGUAUUUAAAGUAAUUUAUUUCUGAAUUUUACAUGGUGGAACUUCAUAUUUUCUUGAUUAAUUGAAUGUAUGGAUGGUGUAAUUAUUUUUUACAAGUUCACAGUUAAAAUCAAAUUAGACAAUGCUCUAAAAUAUAUUUUCUGACCAUAAAGACCACGUGACUUGUGUGUUCUUUUCUAAGUUGGGAUGUGACAGACCAGACUGAGAGGCACAGCUGACACUGCUCUGCUCUGGCUUCAGCUUUAAACAUACCCCAGUUAUAGUCUACAGUGUCGAGUACCCAAGCACACUUGGUUGACUUACAAUGAACUUACAAUAAAAACCUCUGUAGAAAUAA